AUGGUUUCCUCAACUACAUUUUGUCUUCUUGUUGCAACAAUCGUGAUGACAACAUACGGUCGAACAGUACCUGGACCUGAUCAAUUAUUCCCUUUAUUGUUUCAAUCAGUUGGUACAGAUGAAAAUAAUAUGAUGCCUCCAUCCAGUGGUCAGAGUAGAUUGAUACAUGUUAUUGAACAAAUCAUCAAAUAUGUUUCAUCGAUAAAAUCCAGUGAAAAUUUUAUUGAAAAUAUUGUUAGUGGUCAAAAAGAUGUAGCUGACAAAAUUAAAGUACUUACAUUUUUAAACAAAUGUUUUGAACUUACUCAUAAAGUUAUUCAACGUGAAAUUGAUCGUAUGUUAGGAACAUCAGAAACAAUGAAAAAAUCCUCAAUUCCAUCACCAUUUUCAUUAGAAGAAUUACAACAAGCCCAAGUUAAAAUUAAUGAUUUACUUAUUAAAAUUGAAAAACGUAUGGAUACAUUAAAAACAUGGAUUCCACCAACAAUGCCCUUUCUUGGCUUCUUCUAA